ACUAGUGCAGGGUUCACAGUGAGCGCAGCGUGUGGUGAUCUCAGAGGCUACAGGAUGACUUUGGAGGCGAUCCGCUACUCGCGGGGUUCCUUGCAGAUCCUCGAUCAGCUACUGCUCCCCCACCAGAGCUGUUACAAGUCGGUGGACUCGGUGGACCAGGCCUGGGAGGCGAUUCGCUCCAUGAAGGUGCGUGGCGCGCCGGCCAUCGCCCUAGUGGGCUGUCUCAGCCUAGCCGUGGAGCUGCAGGCCGGCGCUGGGGGACCGGGACUUGACGCGCUCGUAGCUUUUGUGCGCGACAAACUUAGCUUUCUCGUCACUGCCCGGCCUACUGCCGUCAACAUGGCCCGCGCCGCCCAGGACCUGGCGAAAGACGCGGCCCAGGAGGCAGCGCGGGAAGGCGCUACGGAGGAGGCCGUCCGAGAAAGAGUGAUCCGCUAUGCCGAGGACAUGCUGGAUAAAGACCUCAGAGACAAUCGGAGCAUCGGGGACCUGGGAGCCCACCACCUGCUGGAGCGGGUGGCCCCUAGCAGUGGCAAGGUGACCGUGUUGACCCACUGUAACACCGGUGCACUGGCCACUGCUGGCUAUGGCACAGCCUUGGGUGUGAUCCGCUCCCUGCACAACAUGGGCUGCCUGGAACAUGCCUUCUGCACUGAGACCCGGCCCUACAACCAGGGAGCCCGGCUGACAGCCUUCGAGCUGGUCUAUGAGCAAAUCCCAGCUACCCUUAUCACAGACAGCAUGGCUGCAGCCGCCAUGAUCCACAAGGGCAUAUCAGCCGUAGUCGUGGGAGCUGACCGUGUGGUUGCCAACGGUGACACAGCCAACAAGGUGGGCACCUACCAGCUAGCCAUUGCAGCCAAGCACCACGGCAUUCCCUUCUACGUGGCUGCCCCCAGCUCCUCGUGUGAUCUCCGUCUCCAGACCGGCCAGGAGAUCAUCAUCGAGGAGCGCCCAGGCCAGGAGCUGACUGAUGUUAAUGGGGUCAGGAUUGCAGCACCUGGGAUUGCUGUUUGGAAUCCCGCCUUUGAUGUCACCCCACACGAGCUUAUCACUGGUGGCAUCAUCACAGAGCUGGGGGUCUUUGCCCCGGAAGAGCUGCGGGCAGCCCUAACCACCACCAUUUCCUCAGAUAGACCCCAGAUGUAAACAACUCAGCUCUCCUUACCUUGUUCCCAUCCCUCAGGUUUUUAAUAAAUUUCUGGAAUGCCCUAACCAAAAGCUGAUCUUCCUGCCCUCAAUCACACUUAUUCCUAGAACAGGGAAAUCAGACAGGUCUUUGCACAGAUCUUAGGAGCCUAGUAGCCUACAAGCAGUUUCAAAUA